GCGUUGUUCCCGCACAGUCUCGACCAGUCAUGGUGGGAGGCGGGUUGUCGACCAACCAAGCAGUCAGCCCGUGGGGAUUGGGGGUUAGCGACUGGUCGCCGCCUGCUGUGAAGCCAGGAGACCUCCUCGUGAGACAUGCUCGUUCUCAGGCGGCGCCGAGAUGUGCUCGUUCUGCUUCCCUUCUCUUCUUCACACCCGUUGUCUCCCCUCUUAGUCCUCCCUCCCUCCCUCCCUCCCUCCCUCCCUCCCUCCCUCCCUCCCUCCCUCCCUCCCUCUCUCCCUCCUCUCCCCUCCGUCCUUCCUUCCCUCCCCAUCCCGCCCUCCCUCCUAUCUCCGUCCCGCGCCUCCUCCCUCCCCACGUGCAGAAAAUGGUGUGGGUGGGGGGCAACAACGGCAGGUGGUUGUCCCCAUGGGGCUUUGGAAUGAAGGACUGGAAGGCACCCAAGGUGUUGCCUGGCGACCUGCUAGUGUUCCAGUGGUCGGGCGAGGUACACUCGGUGCACAAGGUUGACGUGGCGGAUUACACUGCAUGUGUCAAACAUUAUCAUAUAUGUUAUUGA